AUAUUUAUUCGUUGAUUAAAAGUUCGUAAAUUGAAAUUAUAAGAAAUAGUUUCUUCUUUAUUUUCAAUAAAUCGAACGAUUUUUUCUUUCUUUUUUUUUUUUAAACGUGAUUAAACUUACAGUUAGGUACGGAUUCGUUCAAUAAUUCAUUCGAUCGCCUAUCAAACAGAUUUACGUUUUACGAUACACAUUUUCGGUAUUACUCGAUGUAUUUUUUACGAGGCAAUCAGCCUUUCUUCUGAAACUAAUAAGAAAUCCGUGCUAAAGAAGCACGCACGGUAAAGAGUUUUUCACGAGAUCACGUAGAAAGGCAUACCUUGGUUCAGGGUUAAUCAAAAUCAAUUUCACCGAUUCUCACCAUAGGAACUCAGUUUUCUAUUGAUUUAACACCUGACCAUUGCCGUCUAAAAAUAUCUGAGGUGGGUGGUGCUCAUAAAGUCGGCGAUAAUGUACGCGUAUGCUGCUUAAAAAAUGUGAAAAAGUUGAUCGAUUUAUUCGAAGAGAGAAAAAAAGAGAAAAUGAAAGAUGAAUGGUAAUUCAAUGAUAUGACCUAUAAGUGGAAACGUUAUUUAGAAAUAGGAAAGUAAUGUUCGCGAUUGAAAAAAAAAAAAAUUGAUCGAUUUCGAGAUUCGAUUAAGAUUUCAUCAUUUUUUUUUUUUGCGACGAAGCGACACUUCAAUACGCACGAAAUUGCGUUGGACGUUGUGACGACAACACUUCGGUGAAGUUUCCGGGCCGGAAACGCAAACCGACCGUAAAACCAGGUCGUCCUAGCGGCGUAGAAAAAUGAAAAAGAAAAACAAAAAAAAAAUACGACGAAAGAAUGGACUUCGAACGAUUCCAAGAUGAGAUAAUUUUGAUCGAACAUCUACCUGGUCGUCGAGUUCAUCUACAAGACUUUUUUUGGACCGGUAUAGAUGACGCACCACCAUGGGUGGAUCCAAAUCAAGGUUUGACCUUCUACGAGACCAGAACGGUUCAUCACACUGUCACUAUUUAUUCUCCAAACGAUUACGACGAUAAAAGUGCUUCGGCGCCUGCACCUCCACAUGGAUCCACUCCUCAGGGACCUGGAUGUACCACUUGCAUUAAUCCCACUCCGCGUUUGGAUGAAGACGAGGACCAAGAUAUUGGGAUUCUGAUUGGUGAAGAUCCUGGACCCAGGUACUGGUUAUUGACCGUUUUACGAGCUGGGGAAUCCAUACCACAGAAAGUGGAGUUAAAAUUGGCUCGUCUCUAUCGGACCGCGUUUUCAAGGCAACAACAACGUCAUCUUGGUCUUCUUUCGACCGAUCCUCGAGCUCGCAGAGCAACCGAACAACGUGGCUUCCACGAACGAAUGACAGCUGGUACGAUCUUACAAAAGUCAUCGAAAGAAAACGCAACGAUUCCUACAGAAAGUUCAAUCGAAUUGAAAGAAGAGAGGAUGAUCGAUGUAUCGAAACGAGGAAGAAAGUUUUUCGGGAAAUUUCGAAACAACGACAGUGAAAUUUUGGAUAAUGUCUUCAAUAAAAAUCAAACUCACGAAGAUUUAAAUUUGGGAGACAAUGAAAAGUCUUCGAAAAAAGUAGAAUCGAAUUUGAAUUAUUUGGGUUUGAAAAAACUUCGAUUGAGAAGUUUGAACAAACAGGAAGAUGAUGAUGAUGAUAUAAUGCUUACAAAUUCGUCGUCGAUGAUUUUUAAGGAUCAGCAUCCACUGAACUUCAGUUCAAGGUCACCCGUUGAUUGGAAACGGACCGAAGAAAGCAAUAAGGACAUCAAUUUGACUGGCCGAUCAAAAUUACGUUCUUUGGAUGGUGUCGUACAGAUCAAGAUGCACAAUACGAGCAUAAUAGAGGGCGAAGGUACUAGACUGAUCUAUUCCGUUCAUCUUGAUGGAAAACCUGUCCCAGCUGAAACGGCAGCCAGAGAUAUGGCACUCCUUUCGUCUCAAGAAGUUGCUCUUGAACUUGGUGUACCUGUUAUUAUCCGAAGCGAACCAUAUUUAAAAGAAACAAGACCCUUAGCCCUUUCGAGAAAAAGGGAUGUUUGGUUACUGGUAGGAGCUGCUGGAGCUGCUGUAAUCUUAUUAGUCCUACUCCUUACUGGUUUGGUCCUAAUAGCCAAGAGAAAACGAGCUCACAGUGCUGUCGUACCACCACCGAACAAAAGUAUACUUAAAAAGGAACGGGAUUACGUUCUACCAUCUUCUGGUCUUGACAAUACAGCUUUCUUGACGCCUGACUCAGAAGGCAAGAUCGAAGGUACUAGUCAAAGGCAAACACCAAGAACCCUUUCGAGAACUCCUGAUACCACCGACAGUCUUCAUCGUAGCGUCGACGAAUUUUCCACGGACAACGAGGAGGAAUCUAAAAAACUUGCUGCAUCUAGUCCUUGGAGCAUCGAGGAACAACCUUCAAGAAAAACAAGAGUGACACAGGGAAGAAUGACAAGAACAAACGCCAUCGAUCCACCAAGAACUCCAGAUUCAAUGGAUACUAUUGCCGACCAGGCAGAGAUGUUGGAAUCACUUGAGAAUGGUUAUCCGAGACAAGAAGAGGUUCCAGUCUCACCACGUUCUUAUCUAUCCAUGCCUUCUUGCAAACAAUUUCCAAGUAUGCGAAGCGUCGAACCACUUUCAAGAGUCCUCGAGCCAGUAACAGUCAAGCAUUUGGACGUAGACUCUCCUGAAAGUGGAAGGCACAAAGACAAUGGCUACGUCGCUCAUCAAAGAAGCGAAAAAAUGGAUGAAACAUUUUUAACGAGAGCAGCCAGUGCUUCUAGAGAUCCUGGAGUCGUAGGACCUAUCGUUUGGACACUAAAGAGACAAGGAUUAUCUACCGAAGGUAAUGGUACGUCCGAAAUAUCGGACGUCGAACAGAUCUUCGUGGGAUCAGGUGGUCCCGUGGGUCGUGCCAGGAGACGUCUCCACGAACUCCUCGAGGACUCCUUCAGCCUCUUCGGAAGUAGAGAGCCCAAGUCCAGAGAAUUUCAAACGACGAAUACGCGUCCGAACUCUGCCGUACGCACGACGGAUGCUCUCACGAUAUUUACCGAAGGAAGGCAUAGUCCGACGUCAACUCCGCCUGCGGAAUUAAGUACUCGACCUCGCACGUCAGCAUCAAGAAGAAAUUUGGCAGAGGAUAUUCCUGAAACUGGCCAGUCAAGUCAUACACGUGGUACUUGGGGCUCGAGACCACUCAGUGCCGGUCCGUUUCACAAACCUAAUCUACCAGAAGUGGAUACCAGACGUAUCCUAGCGGAUUCUCAACUCUCACCGGAGGAUCCAGCGGUACCUUUAAUCAGCAGUAUUAAGAAAGAACUGGAAAAGUUCUCUCCGCGAUAAAUGAAUAAAUUAACGAAAUAGUUGAAUUUAUUUUACGGGACGCUCUUUUUACUUCGCGAGAUUUCUAGCUAAUUUCUAAAUCGAUCGAUAUUGGCAACAAUUUAAAAGUCCUAGCGUACGUACGUAUUUGUGCCAGUAUAAACAAACAAAAAAAAAAAAGAUAAACGAAACAUCAUACACACAAGAGAUUACUCAUUAGCUUUUUUCAUCGAUUUAUAUAAUUCUGAUUUUGUUUUGAUCAGUCUUGAACAUGUGUCAUUGUAAAUACCAUGACUCGAUUUUGUAGGCACAUUAUUGUAAGUAAUUUUCAAUUGACGACCGACAGCGAUAAAAACACUGUCGUGAUGGAAUAUGUUCGACAGUUAAAAUAUACAUGAAUUUGAUCAACGAGAAUAAUAAAA